AUGACGAUCAAGAACCUACGACUUGGGCUAGCCAUUGGUCAUGGCACAGGCCAGGAGCUUAUUGCGGUCUUCAAGAAGGUUAUCCAAGCACUAGCAAGCAAGCACCCUCUACAUGUUGAAUUCAUUGAAGCAUCUCGAAUAUACCAUUCGUACCAUACCCUCACUGUUUCCGGAGUCGAGAAAGACCUGGUCAAACACAUUGCGGACGAAACGAGUCAAGAUGCAGAAGACUAUCGUAAUUUUUGCGAGACAGCUGCAGCCAACGGUAUUGCUGCAAUAUUUCGCACGGCUAUCCACGCGCAGUCUCUCUACCUUGUCCGGGAUCAACUGAAUGCCGUCAAAAUUGAACACUUUGACCUGGGCAACUCAAAUGCCCUGCUCUUCAUUCGUGACGAAGCUCAGGGGUUCUACGCUGGUGUCAAUGAAUAUCACAACGACGACCACAGCAUCACACGAACUAGCCCCUUCAGACGCUCCAUCUUUGACCAAAUCUUGGCAUAUUCUCUGCAAAGAGCAGCGGAGGAGUGGGGUGAGCAAAAUGUCCCCAAAUCCGUCACGCUUGUCUACAAGUUUCACCUCUUCGACGGAGUCUUCCAAGCUUGGGCACCACACUGGACGUCCCGCUUUGGCAUCGAUGUCGACUUCAUCCAGCCGGACACCAUGAACAGGAAUCUAAUGGCCUCGGGUGUCCACGGCCGCCGUAUCAUCAUUGCGGGCAACGAAUACGCCGACAUCAUCCAGCCCAUUUUCUUGAAAUGGUUCGGCAACUCCACCAUUGAAACUAUGUACGCAGAGAAUGUGUACUUAAGCCCCAGCCUGCAUCACCUAAGCGAGUACCAGACGGUGCAUGGGUCUGCGGACGCCAUCGCGGGCCAAGGCCUCGUCAAUCCUUUUGCUACUAUCCGCGCCGCGGCUGCCAUUCUGGAACGGCAUGGAGGAUGCCCCGGCGCUGGAUUUCAACGCCACACGGAAAAGGCUAUUGAAAGUCUUCUCAUGAGAAAGCUCACCACUCCUGACCAGGGCGGCUCGUGCAGCACGGAUGCGGUAGUUGAGCAUUUCCUGGAUGCAAUUGACGAUCCUAUAGCUCCCGAGGCUCCUCCUUCCCGCAACGAUACAGCCUCAGAGCCAAUCAAUGCCUGGAUAGGUAAAAAGACAGCCGUCAUACUGGUGGACUACCAGAACGACUUCCUCUCAAACGCACCCAGUCCGGCUGUGUCCGAACUUUCCAACACCAUUCCGCGGCUCAUACAAUGUGCCCGCAGCAAGGGAAGUGAAGUCAUCUUUGUUCGCUUCCUGGGAAACGCCAGCUUCCAAGGCCCCAGCUGGAAGUACCGGAAUGCAUUGCUAGGGAAAAAGGAGAGGUGCGUCGAGGGCACCUGGGGAGCGGAGCUCGGCCCGGGCGCCGUCCCUGAGCCUGGCGAGCAGGUCUUUAAUAAGAAGGCCUUAUUUGAUCCUUUCCUGGUUCCAGAGUUCUCUGAGUACAUUGCCAAACAGGGUUUUGAGCAUCUGAUGCUGGCGGGCUUGUACAGUGAUGUCUGUGUUGAUGCCACGGCUCGGACAGCCUUCCAAAAGGGGUUGUGGGCCACUGUUGUUGAGGACUGUACCGCUGCUUUGCAUUCAGAUCAGAGUGACCAUUUGAGGUUUAUGGAGAACGUGUAUGGGGCCCGUGUUAUGAGGGCGGCUGCCUUGUUCGGGAUGACGGCUUAG